UUCAUUGUAAAUUGAACGAAGUUGUAAUAGAAUGUCAUCAGCAUCGUUAGUUGAAAAACGUUCGUUGAGAAAGUCUCAGUCCAGAAAUAUUGAGACGUCGUCCACAUCCAUAACAUCAGCACCGACGACGUCCGAAUCCAAAUUGCACGAUUCAAAUCGCCGUUUAAAAGAUAAAUCCAUGCGUUCAAAGCAACGCGAUAGUUUGCCGGACAUUGGCGUGAGGAAGGGUAAUCGAAGUGUACGCGCGUCCAAUUUUGAAUUGAGCAGCAGCGCAAAUGAUUUCGAAAAUAAAAAUAACAAUGACCGAGUUAGUAAGACGGGCACAAAAUUAAAGACAAUCACAGCAACUGUGAACAAAUCGGCGAAUGUAGAGACGGGUGAUAAAGUUUUGGAGAUGAUUAAAAUGGACUCAACUGAACAAGAGAAUUACAAAAAUCAAGCGGAGAUCGAGUAUAAUGAGUUGAAAAAACGUGUUGAAGAAUUACAAAUGAUCAUCGAACAAGAGCGAAAGCAUCCCACAUCCGAAUAUGAUGAGUCCAUUGAAAAGCAACAACAAUUCAAUGAAACGCUGAGAGCUCAGGUUGCUGAGGCAAAAGACAAACUUAAGAAUCUAUCACAAUCGCUGAAGACAUUGCGUUCGUGCCGUAAGGAUUGUAACAUUCAUAUGCGCGAUUUAAUCAUUGAUUAUAAUUGCAUAACAAAGAGUGAGCUGUCGAAAGAGCUGAAACGCUUUCAACGCAUGGAAAUCGAUCUGAAAAAUAAUUUGGAUCGUUUACAUUGGCGAAUGGAUUGCGAAUCAAAGAUGUACCACAAUCUUAUUGAUCAAUACCAUAAGCUACAAAUGGAUUUGUAUUAUUUGAAAAAUUUAACCGAAAGUUCAUAAAAUUGAAAUUCAUAAUAUGUUUGGUUGGUGAUGAACGAUACAGUUCUAUUUAGAUUUAAACUAGAAAAUGUGUUAUCAAUCGAUCCCUUUGUGGUGUUCUAUG